UAGAAAAAGUAGAAUAGACAUCGCCUCUUAGACAUCGGUUGCUCUAUCCGCCGAUGUAAAAGGUGUUUCCCACAUCGGUUUUUAACGACCGAUGUCUUUUGUUGAUAUAAACAUCGGUGUUUUAGUCAAACCGAUGUUAUAAGUCUGUUUUAAAAAAUAAACAAGCGCGCCUUCCCCCGUUUUCCCCCCUUGGCCAAAUAAUUCAUUCCCUCCUAAAACUUCCCCCUGUUUUUUUGCCUUAGCAAAAUUUCCCACCCCCGCUCUUUUCUUUUCAAUGUCCUUAAUCUCCUCAAUAAAUUAAAAAAAAAUAUAAAUUAUAAUAAAAAACAUAAAAUAUAAAACUUAAAAUUCAAAACACAUGAAAUUCAAAACACAGUCUCACCUCACUCACUCUCACCUCGUCACCUCGUCACUCUCCUCUCUCACCUCUCCUCUCACUCUCACCUCGUCACUCUCCUCUCUCGUCACUCUCUCACCUCUCUCACUGCUGUGAAGCUGCUCUCUCUCUCUCUGGGCUGUCUCUGUAGUCGAAGUCGAGGUUCCAGUCGAAAGUCGAAGUUCCAGUCGGGUUAAAGCUGGGUUUAGAGCUAAGUUGAAGGUUAAAGGGUCGUCGGAGCUCAAGUCGGAGUUCAAGUGGGAGUUUAGAACUAAUUCGGAGGUUACAGCUUGAAUUGGGAAAUAUGGUAAAGAAAGAGAAAAGAGCUAAAGAACAGUCUAAAGAAUCCUUGGAUGAGAAGAAGCACAUAAAUGAAUCCCCAGCUCUCCUGGAAGAGAAUCCAGGAAUACCAGAGCCUGACCCCGUUACUCCAGCGGACACCAUUGUUUCCCGCCAGACGGGUCCACAACCCACAGAAAGUAGUACACAAUCUAAAAAAAGGUCAUCUGGAGCAGCACGAGGUGUUUGUGCUAUGCACAAAGUGGUGAUGAAGAAAGCGAAGGGAGAGAAAUUGAAUUUACGGUUCAAUCAAGUUGCAGUUCCAGUUGGAGACGAACGGCACAAACUGCAGUCCUAUAUAGGCAUGCUAGCAAGGACAAUGGUGCCAAUCGACAUUCCAAGUUGGCCAAAGGUUGACCCUGAAUUAAAAGAGAAAAUAUGGAAUGAUCUUGAGGAUACAUUCGAGCUGAUUCCUGAAAGUCGGAAGAGGAUUCUACAGUCGGCAGGCGCAAAAUGGAGAAAUUUCAAGGCUAAAUUGACAGCGGAAUAUGUGUUGCCUUAUGUUGGACAGAAGAAGAAGCUACAGAAGCCACCAAAACAAUAUGCUUUUGUCGGUAAGAAAGCAUGGAGACGAUUCGUUGCAGUUAGAGUCACAAAAGAUUGGCAGGAAGAGAAUAGAAAACAGAGUGAGAGAGUGGGAAAACGGAAAUAUCCACACCGAGUGUCAAGAAAAGGAUACAUCGGAUUGGAAGAAGAAGAAAUACGGUCAGGGAGGUUGGAGCCUGCUGAAAGGCCAGAUAGGGCAAUUAUGUGGAAAAAUGCCCGUAAGCCAAAUGACGGGAAUAUUAGCCCAAAACUGAAAAAGAAAAUUGAACAAAUUGAUUCGUUACUCGAAAAGCAGCAAAAUGGUGAAUUCAAGCCGGAUGGAACUAAGGAUGUGCUCACCACUGUAUUGGAAACUCCCGAGCAUGCGGGAAGGGUUCGUGGGGUUGGAAACUUCAUACCUCCAACUGUGUACUUCGACUUGCCGAAAAAGUCGAGGAAUCACAUUACCAAAGAGCAAUUUCAUAAUCUUGAGUUGCAAAUUGCUGAGUUGAAAGCUUUGAUUGCUGGGGGCAAUUAUCAAAAUUCACCAAUUCAUCAAAAUUCCGAGAAAGCAAGUUGUCCAGGGGCGGUGAAAGAACAAGACCAAGAACAAAAGACCAGAAAGCAACCUGUUGCAAAAAAACUGAUGGCAGAUGAAUUGAUGACCGAUGAGGAUAAAGAGGGUGCUGAUUUGGUUAUUAUUCCUCCUCCUGGUCCUCCGGAACAAAAGGGUCCUCGCAAAUGUGAACUGGCAGUGGACAACAUCGAUAAUAAGGUAGCUUUUGGUGUUGUUUUUGAUGAGGAAGAUGGAUUAAGUACAUCGGUUCAUGGAGUGCCUCUACAACCAGGAUUUGUUCGUGUUAGUGUGGACGGAAGCAUUCAGGAUGAUGCUUUGGUGCCUGUUCCUGUAAUUGGUGAGAUAGAAACCGUCCACCAAGCCAUCGGUUCUCAUUUAGCAUGGCCCAAAGACAUGAUCAGCUACAUCUCCAGUACUGGAUCGGAGGUAUAUAAUUUAAAUAAACAGUUUAAAUUUUGAGGUAUAUAUUAUAAU